GGGUCGCAGCCCUGUGCGGGCCGUAGCAACUUCGUGGGCGGAUCCUGGUGUGCGAGGCGGGACCCGAGCAGGAUUUCCAGCCUCCCCUCCAAGCGGAUCCCACCAAGAUGGCGUCCGCUAGUGAUCCCCCUGCUAGCCCAAGGGAUGCUGCUGACCAGAACUUUGACUUCAUGUUCAAACUGCUCUUGAUUGGGAACAGCAGCGUGGGCAAGACCUCCUUCCUGUUCCGCUAUGCCGAUGACUCCUUCACCCCCGCCUUCGUGAGCACAGUGGGCAUCGACUUCAAGGUCAAGACAGUCUACCGACAUGACAAGAGGAUCAAGCUGCAGAUUUGGGAUACAGCAGGUCAAGAGCGCUACCGGACAAUCACUACAGCCUACUACCGCGGGGCCAUGGGCUUCCUGCUCAUGUACGACAUCGCCAACCAAGAGUCCUUCACCGCUGUGCAGGACUGGGCUACGCAGAUCAAAACCUAUUCCUGGGACAAUGCCCAGGUCAUCCUCGUGGGGAACAAGUGUGACCUGGAGGACGAACGGGUCGUACCUGCUGAGGAUGGCCGGAGGCUCGCUGAUGAUCUCGGUUUUGAAUUCUUUGAGGCCAGCGCCAAGGAGAAUAUCAAUGUGAAACAGGUGUUCGAGCGCCUGGUGGACAUCAUCUGUGACAAGAUGAACGAAUCCCUGGAACCCAGCUCCAGCCCAGGCAGCAAUGGAAAAGGCCCGGCCCUCGGGGAUACCCCACCCCCACAGCCGAGCAGCUGCGGCUGUUAGGUUCGGCCCCUGACUGCCCCACACCUGUCCCGUCUUGCCCCUUCAAGGACAGCAGCCACGGUGUGAGCUACGGGGCUGUCUCAGAGCUCAGGGCACCCUUGCCUCUGGCCCGCUUCUCCUCUCACACAGGCUCGUCUCCCUUUCUCUCCAUGUCAGGAUGCUCAGACAGUCCUGGUUAGGGUCCACUCACCCGGGGCUCUGCUCAGCAUUGUCUGAGGGCUUGGGACACCCACAUGGGUGCUUACUGCUUCCCAAGGCAUUUGGAUGGAGAUAGCAAAAGGCAGCAUUGCCUUCCCCAGGUGAUGGAGGGGCUGUUCGUGCCUUCUGCCUUAGAACCAUUUCCCAGGUCUACUCUUUGUAAUUGUUGGCUGAAGAUGUCGCCUGGUGUGGGUCGCUGUCCAACUUAGUCCUGGCAGCCUGUCUGUCUCAGGUCCACCAGUUUGGCCUUGAAGCCUGCCUGUGAACUGACUGUUUGUUAGCCAAGGAUACAGGCAGGCCUGCCGUCUCCAUCCUCUGCCUCCCUGGCAUCCCCUGGAAAGCCUGUUUUCUGAUUAUAGAAGGGACAGAGUCAGAGCCACCCUGGCACCGGGGACUCUCCAAAGUGCCUUCCAAGCUUCCCCUGGGUCUAUGCUACUCAUUGUGGGUUGAUCCACUUCCAGAAUUAAAUUUUGGAAUAUUCCAGACCCUGUCACAUGGAGACUGAGAAUUGCCCACCCUUAGCAGCCCAGCUUUCUGUCAGUUCACCUCAAAGCCAGGGAACUGAGGCUGCCUGCCCAGGUCCCCAUCUGUCUGCCUGGUGGGGUUUUAGGCAAGAGCUUUACAAACCUUACAUCCUGUGUAGAAACGGAAGUGAAGAAAGCAGCCCACAGAGGGUGUGCCCUUGCUGGUCAGUUUCUCAUGACAGGAUUUGGGCUUCUUCACCUGAGGACUCUUGUAUAGACCUAGUGUCAGCAUCAUGAACACCAUCAGUUGCCCAGGGACACUGGGGUGGUGAGGAAGGAUUGGGGAGAAGGCACCAGUGGACAACCCAGUGUUUUUGUUUGUACGUCAUGGGAGCAACAGGCCCUCCUGUGAGUUAGGGAUAGGCUGCGGGUUGUUGCUGAUAUAUCUACAAGCUUGGGACGUAACCCCUAGGAUCCUUGAUUCUCUUCAACUAGGAGGUCUUUCUACUCACCAACCAAACUCCCCUAAACACCAUCUGACAUCUCAUGGUCCAGGUGAUAGAUGGUCUGUGUCAUGUCAGGGGUGGAGUGUACUCCUUCAGUCUCCACAGCCAAACUCACUUUGCAGCCUUGUUGAGCCUAGCAUCCUCCCAGGGUAUGUAUGACCUACAGUGCCUACUUCAGGUUCACGUGCAUUUCUAGCCCUUCCAGUGACCGUCUUUACACAGAUUGGACAGGCAAAGUGAGAGCAUCUGAACACUUAGAGGAAAGAGUCAAAUGUUUUUAUGUUGCUUUAUCAUUAAAUAGUCAAAACGGUGAAAAUUAUGUUCUUAAGAUUCAGCAACCUGUUGGGUGUGGUGGUGAAGAUUUUUGAUCCCAGCACUCUGGAGGCAACGGCAGGUGGAUCUGUGAGUUCCAGGGUAGCCUGGUCUAUAGAGCAAGUUCCAGGACACAGAGAAAACAUGUUCUGGAACUAGCUCUCUUGCUAGCAUUUGCCACAAGGUCCUGACUUGAAGGCCCAGCACCACACAAACUAGGCAUGUGGUCCAGGGAUGUCAUCCUAGUAGAGGCAGGAGAAUCAGAAGUUUGGGGUCACCUUUGAGUACUAUCUAGGAGGUUUGAGGCCAGCCAGAGCUAUAAAAGGCUGUCACAGAAAGAAAAAAGAAAAGGCCUGUCAAAGACUCUGUGGACCAGUCAGUCCACUGUUCCUAAGCAUAGUGGUGGGGAGCCUGCCCUUAGUUAGCUAAGGCUGUUCCUGUCAUUUUGUGUCAACUAAAUCACCUCUGACUGACCUCUGACUGGAUCUUGGACUUACUCUCAGCUUCCUGUUGCUAGAAGAAGCUCCCUCAGUUCUACUCUGAAUACCAACAGAGGAAACCACUUUGUGGUUUUCUUACAACUGGGGAUUUAGCUGGCAGAGUGGCUCAUCUGAAAACACUUGCCACCAGGCGCAAUGACCUGAGUUAGAUCUCGGGAUCCAUGAGGUGGAAGAAGAGAAAUGGUUCCUUUAAGCUACCCUCUCACCUCCAUGGUGAGCAAGGGUUCAUGCACAAUGUCAAACGAAACCUUUUGUGGAAAUGGAAUAAUGUGGAAACUGUUGUUUCUUCUUCCGAUGAAGGGUUACUGGAACAUUUUGAUUCUUCCAUUACGUUUUGGCAAGGAUGGGUGAGGGGGUCACUGAGUCAACAGAGGCUGCUGUCUGUGCAAAUGGCCAGGAGGUAUAGGAGCCUGUUGGGUUUAUAGACAGAAACGUUGCACAAGGCCUAGGGAAUACUUCUGCAGAAGGCCCAAGAGUAGCCAGCCUAUGGAACCAUACCCCUGUGUCCUCCCAGGGAGGAAUGGCCAUGGCUGCAGUGGUCUGAUGGUCUGGGAUUUUUAGGUUUGGUUUUUGGGUUUUCUUGUUCUUGUAUGAGGGACUCAUGAUGUAGACCAGGCUAGCCUUGAACUCACAAAGAUCCACCUGCCUGUGCCUCCUUAGCGCUGGAAUUAGAGGCAUAUAUAAUUAUGUCUGGCUGAUGUUCCUGCCUUCUACAUGGUAGAAUUAUCACCACCAUAUUCUGUUUGAUGCAGUGCUAAGGUUGGAGCCGAGGGCUUCCUGCAUGCUAGGCAAACAUUCUACCAACUGGGCCUGGGCCCCGCCCUAGUCUCUGAUUCCAAUGAUGAUUCUGCUCCUGGCUCCCCGCUAGCGAUUCUCAAGCAACACUGAAUCAACUCUGGUCUGGUGCUGCCUAUCUUUCCCAUUGUCCAGUCCAGAAAAGAAUGUAUAUCUUUUUUUUUUCAGUGUAAUAAAGGAAGCCGUCAUGCCUGUG